AUGUCCAGCCGUCCCGUGGCACUCCCACACUGGAUCCAGACCGUGUGUGGCUGGUGUGCGCUUACGUCCACGGUGAUUAUUUUCUUCAGCAUCCUUUUGCAUCUUCUAAACUAUCGAAAACCGUUCCAGCAGCGGUUGAUGAUCAGAAUCCAGUUGAUCGUGCCGCUUUUCGCUAUUCUGUGCUACUCAAUGCUUCGAGACCCGACGUCGGUGUUUAACAAGUUUGUGAUUGAGCCAAUUCGUGAAAUCUACGAGGCGUUUGUCAUUUAUACGUUCUUCUCGUUGCUUACUGAUAUGCUUGGGGGAGCCAAGAGCAUUAUCAUUAUGAGCAGUGGACGCCCGCCGGUGGCCCACCCGGGGUUCUUGAAAUGGGUGCUCCCGCCGCUAGACAUUUCGGAUCCUCAGACUUUUUUGGCGAUAAAGCGUGGCAUUCUACAGUAUGUGUGGCUUAAGCCGAUCAUUUGCUUUGGGGUGUUGUUCCUGGAGCUUUUGGGCUGGUACGACGUUAACGAUAUGAGCGUGGGCUCGUUGUACUUGUGGUUUACCAUUGUGUAUAACUUCUCCGUGUCUUUGUCGUUGUACUGCCUAGCUAUUUUCUGGAAGAUCCUUUGGGUGGACCUCAAACCAUUUAACCCAAUGGGUAAGUUUCUUUGCGUCAAGCUUAUCAUUUUCGCUUCUUACUGGCAGGGUGUGAUCUUGGCUAUUCUUAACAUCAUGGGCGUGUUGCCAGGCAACAGUUCGCAGGACGAAAACGGCGCCCCCAACAUCGGUGUAUCCAUCCAGAAUGCCUUGCUUUGCGUUGAGCUUAUUGCUUUCGCCUGGGGCCAUUGGUUCUCCUUCUCCUAUAGGCCAUUCACGAUCUCUCGAAUGCCUACGGGUAGAUUGCAAUUCUACUACGCCCUUAGGGAUAUGUUCGGCAUCAAGGACUUGGUGAUUGACUUUGCCCUUACUUUCUACGGCGACUACUACAAGGACUACAAGCAGUUCGACUCGGUAGAGGCCCUCAUAGCACAUCCUUCCCUGAAAUCCCGUAUGGGUCGUAUUAACCAAGGUCUCCGAUACCAGCCAGACGGAAAGCAAAAGCACUGGCUUCCGCUGCAGAACUUGCAAGCUUCACCUCUGGCAGGACAGGCAAGCAUACGAAGCACAUCUGAGAUCAACGCAAUCUCCAACCAUAUUUAUCAACAACAGCUGGGACGUUCCCAGUCUAUUUAUGCCCCUUCUUUGGUCUCCACCGGGACUUCCACAAGGGCUCUUUACCCACACUCUCCUAAAGUGAGCCCGCCAUCGUCGCCUCUCCUUUCAGACGCCCAUUCUGUGAAGACCAAUCCUUCCUAUUUAGAGGACGAAUUUGCCGAGCCGCUUUCUGAAACCCUCAAAAAGCUCAACCCAGGCAUCAUGUAUGAUAACGAGUAUAUCGAUGAAGAUGAGCAAUACUACCAGGCUGCAUGCUCUGUGGUCAACAACUACAAUCUUGACCAGACCGAGGUGAAAAAGUUGAUCAACUACCCUAUUGUUGAUGAGCUAAUUGUUGGCCACGAAUACGGGUACAAGGUGAAGAAGUUGCGUGCGGACCGGAUCCGCCAGCAACGACAAAAUAAUGGCGAUGCCGUUUCCCGUAACGAGUAUCGUGGCUACGGCAGUGUUUAA